CAUGCCUAACACUAGACAUAGCGUUGGAAUGAGAUUAAUAGACUUCAUAGCUACUCAGUAUAACAUUGAAAUGAAAAUGAAUAAAAAAUGCUCAUGUUCUAUUGGAACCAUGACUCAUCCUAAAAAUAAUGAUAUUGAACUUGUCUUAGUCAAACCAAAGUCUUUUAUGAACAAUUGUGGUUGUAAAAUUGUGAAAUGCUCAAAAAUUUACCAAGUCUUUGAUCAUAACUUAUACUUGAUUCAUGACGAAUUAGACUUGGUUGUUGGUAAAUAUAAACUAAAAGAGAAUGGUAGUCCAAGAGGACAUAAUGGAGUUAGAUCGGUUCAUGAUAUUAUAAAUAAUCAGAGUCCUCCGAGGUUACUAGUUGGAAUUGAUAGGCCUACAUCGAGGAAUGAAGUAGCCGACUACGUCUUGAAUAGUUUUGAUAAUUUGCAAUCUAAAAAGAUAGACGAGAUAUUACCAAUAGCCGUUGACGUCUUAUUCGAGCAUAUCUUAAAGAAACAUAGGACUAUAUCUGUAGAAUCGUGA